AUGGUACACAAGGGACACAGGAGACACAAUGGACACAGGGGACAGAAGGGACACAAGGGGACACAUAAGACGCAGGUGACACAAUUGGAACAAAGAAACACAAAGGUACACAGGGGACACAAGGGGACAUAGGGAACGCAAGGGAUACAGGGGACAGAAAGGACACAGGGCCUCCAUGGGACACAGGAGACACAAGGGAAACACAAGAGACACAGGGUCUCCAUGGGACACAGGAGACACAAUGGACACAAGGGGGCACAUGGGACGCAGGUGACACGAGGGACACAGGAGACAAGGGACACAAAGGGACAUAGGGGACACAAGGGAUAAAGGAUACAGGAGAGUCAUGGAACAGAGGGACCACAAGGAAGACAGGGGACACAAGGCACACGAGAGGACACAUGGGACACAGGAGUCACAAGGGAGACAAGGGGACAUAAGAGACACAGGGGACACAGAGGACACAAAGGGAUACUGGGGAUACAUCGGACACAGGGGACACAGGAAACUCAAAGAGACACAGGGGACACAAGGGGACACAACGGACA